GUGUGUGAAGGCCUGCAGGGUGUCAGGACCCCAUCACUCUUGAUUUGUGUGUUUGUCUGACAUGGCCCUCAGUGUUGUGAGUAGCUCAAUUACCCAGAACCCCCAGCACACUCGCUCAUUAGGAAUGAUGGAGGGAUGGCACACAACGGACAGCAUGUCUGCACCAUUUCCCACAAGGCUGUUCACUCGCCUCUCCAUCAUGUAAUUCACCAUCUGGAGCGGCAGAGACGGACUCGAGCGAAACGCAGGGAUGAGAAUGAUCCACAACUGAGAAAAGAACGAGAAAGAGACAUUUAAUGAGGCAUCAUCAUCAUCAUCCUCAGAUCUCUGCAGCUUCCAAAACAAUGCCAGGAUUGGAAAAACAAUGGAAGUGAAUGAGAUGAGCUCACUGAUAUAGGUUCUGAGCUCUGUGUGUGUGAUGUGUGUCGUGUCAGUCAUUUGCUGUAAUAUGAGCAUAAGAGGUAAUUGCAGAUUUCAUAUCAGAGCCCAUUAUGCCAUUUUACCGCAUUAAUGUUUGAUGAGCAUCUGAUUACCGCCUUCUCCAGAACACGAUCAGCUCCAGGAUGAGUGAAGAUCUGCUGGAGACGCAGGGGUUUCUGGGAUUGAUUUCACAGACGAACAUGUAUGUUUGACAUUAAGCCACACGUGAAAGAUGAAGAUUUGUCACAUUUGCUCGUGUUUCCGCUCGUCCACAUUCACACGCACAUGACUGGAAGAGAAUGGAGCUCCGGCCGAGUGGAACCACAGGGAAAUGAAACACACCUGGACUUAAACAGCACCUGAUUUGUUGAUAAAGUCUCAUGGUCGAGCCCCUGAACCAGACGCUGUUAUUGGAGCAGGAGUCACACAGAUCACAGACGCUCCUCUUCUCUCCUCCACUGACGGACGGAGCACAUGCUGGAACGGAUACUGCCGCCUGUCUUCUCCUGCUCUCUCUGUGUCUGUGCUGGAUUAUUGUGCUGGAGCGUCUCAGAGGAACUGAUCUUCAUCACACCGGUCCGUCAGGGACUCAUCCAGCGCUCCGCUCCGGACUCCAGACUGCAGCUUCAUGGGAAAGACGCUGGAGCAGCACCAGAUGUACCCGUACUACACCUGCUACUACCCGCCCUACGCGCACAGCAAGACAUAUGCCCCGCCCCCUUAUCCGAUGGCCCCGCCCAGUCCAGGAAGCAGCAGCUGUAGUCAGAGUGCAGUGGAGCAGCUCAGCAAAACCAACCUGUAUAUACGAGGACUUCCACCUGGAACGACAGACCAGGACCUCAUCAAACUCUGCCAACCAUAUGGGAAAAUCGUGUCUACUAAGGCCAUCCUGGACAAGAACACAAACCAGUGCAAAGGUUAUGGUUUUGUGGACUUCGACUGUCCGGCAGCGGCACAGAAGGCUGUUUUGUCUCUGAAGGCCACCGGUGUGCAGGCACAGAUGGCAAAGCAGCAGGAGCAGGACCCCACUAACCUGUACCUGUCUAAUCUGCCCGUCUCUGUGGAUGAACAGGAGCUGGAGACGGUGCUUCGACCCUUCGGUCAUGUGAUCUCCACGCGGAUAUUGCGAGACGCCAGCGGCGUGAGCAGAGGCGUCGGCUUCGCCAGGAUGGAAUCCACAGAGAAAUGUGAAGUUGUCAUACAAAAUUUCAAUGGAAAAUAUCUCAAAACUCCACCAGGCAUUGCAGGUCCGUCAGAGCCGCUGCUGUGCAAGUUUGCUGAUGGCGGUCAGAAGAAGAGACAAACCCAGAGUAAAUAUGCACAGAACGGCCGAGCGUGGAGGGAAGGAGAGACGGGAAUGACACUCACGUACGAGCCUGCCGUCAUGCAGAACGGGUUCUACUCUUCCCCAUAUAGUAUCACUACUAACCGGAUGAUCGCGCACGCGUCUAUCACUCCGUUCAUCACCGCUUCACCCAUGUCGACUUAUCAGGUUCAGAGUACAGCAUGGAUGCCCCAACAGCAGUAUGUGAUGCAACCAACAGGAGCGGUCAUCACUCCAGCACUAGAUCACAGUGCCGUAUCGGUGCCACCAGCAGCCAUGAUGACUCCUCUAACACAACAGAUGAACCAGCUCACACUGGGAUCUGCUGCUAACUACAUGACGGCUCCAGCUGCUGUGGCUCCUAUGCAAGGAACAUUCAUCCAUCAGUUAACACCGGUUCCUCCGUCAGCACUUCCUGUAGAGGGUGUAGUAACAGAAGCUCCUCCACAGACGGUGGCUCCCACAUCCCAGGACGCACACGUAGCACAGCAACAGAUCACCGUGGAAACCAGUGACCAUAUUCAACCCUGUUCUUACCAGUCCAACGUCCUGAAGAGCUGAAUGUUGGUCAUCUCUCUCUUCCGAUGGAGAAUCAGACGCUCUGCACUGAAAACAUGGACUCAUGAUGGACUUCAGGUGACCUCAGCACCAAACACACAGACUGGACUCGUUUCCUCCUGGACUGAAGCCGCUGAAGGACUUUAGGAGGUGAUGAGGAUUAUUUCAUGAUUUUUUUUAUGUCUGUCGGACUGAAGUGUGGAUAGACGCGGAUAUGAUGUAGAAUUAUAAGAAGAAGAAGAAGAACACGGACCGUCUUCCUCAGAUAUUAAGCUAUCACAUCUUCAUCUUCUGUUGAUUUUCUUCUGUCAAAUGUUGGAAUUUACAAAAACUUCACUUGCCUUAAUUUGAAUCCAUCUUAAGACGCCUGUAUUGUGUGUGUGUGUGUGUGUGUGUGUGUGUAAAUCAUGACGGAACCGAAUCCUCGUAUCACAUAUUCUUCGUUUGAAGAAUAAUGAGGUCAUUAUAAUUUUCCUGAAUGGAUUGCAUUUUUACUUACAUUACUUUUCACAAAGAGGAAAACAAGUACAGCAGUUUGCUGCAGUUUAUGAACAUGCUUUUUUAAUUUGUGAUCAUUUUACACUUUAGAUUUGACAUUUUUAAUCAACUUUAAUGUUUUAGCCUGCUUUGCUUGACGCAUUUCAUAUAAUAAUUAGGAAAAAACGAUUAAAAGCGUGAAGGAACGGAUGCAGGUAGUGUGAAUCCGUCUAAAGCAAUAGCAGAAGUAGUUGCAGUAGUUUUGUGUCGUUGUGAAAGAACGGCGGUCGUUUCUAAACCAAAGAUGAAGAAACUUCUCAAGCAGUUUGGCUCUUUCGCUCUGAAUAUGUCGAUGAUGAUGAUGAUGUUUCUAGAGCUGCUAUUGUUGUUUUUUAUUAUUAUGGUUUUUAUUUGAAUAUUGUGGUAAACAAAUGAUUAUUGUUUUAUAUAAUUUAUGUACAAUCAUGAGCGCAUUUGAGCAGUAAAUGAGACAUGUGAUCAGA